UUUUUAUUUCUUGCCUCUUUCACUCACGCAUUAUAAAUUCCCCCUACUCUUACACUCCGUUAGCUCAAGAAAGCCUUCGAUAACAAUUUCCGUAACAUUUCCGUUCACUCUCUCUCUAAAAAUCACUCAAUGGAAGACGAUUUUGAUAUUCCGACCGGCGAAGAAAUGAUGAUGAACGAUGACAUGGAUCUUCCCGACGUGAGCUCCGGUCUGAAAGUGGGCGAGGAGAAGGAGAUCGGAACUCAAGGAUUGAAGAAGAAGCUUCUUAAGGAAGGUGACGGGUGGGAUACUCCUGAUAACGGCGAUGAAGUUGAAGUUCAUUACACUGGGACUUUGCUCGACGGAACUCAGUUCGACUCUAGUCGGGAUAGAGGGACGCCUUUUAAGUUCACUCUCGGACAAGGCCAAGUGAUUAAAGGAUGGGACCUAGGUAUCAAGACAAUGAAGAAAAGUGAAAAUGCUAUAUUCACCAUUCCUCCUGAGCUGGCUUAUGGUGCUUCUGGCUCGCCACCAACUAUUCCUCCCAAUGCGACUCUUCAGUUUGAUGUGGAAUUGCUGUCCUGGAAUAGUGUCAAGGAUAUCUGCAAGGAUGGUGGGAUAUUUAAGAAGAUUCUUGUUGAAGGAGAGAAAUGGGAGAAUCCCAAGGAUCUUGAUGAAGUACAUGUUAAAUUUGAAGCUCAGCUUGAGGAUGGCACUCCUGUUGCCAAAUCUGAUGGAGUGGAAUUCACUGUGAAAGAGGGUUAUUUCUGUCCGGCAUUGUCAAAGGCUGUUAAGACAAUGAAGAAAGGAGAGAAGGGUCUUCUGACGGUGAAGCCGCAAUAUGGAUUUGGGGAGAAGGGUAAGCCAGUGUCUGAUGGUCAAGGUGCUAUUCCACCCAAUGCCACACUUCAAAUUACCUUGGAAUUGGUUUCAUGGAAGACUGUAACAGAGGUGACUAAUGACAAGAAGGUAAUAAAGAAAAUACUUAAAGAGGGUGAAGGACAUGAGCGUCCAAAUGACGGUUCAGUUGUCAAAGUAAAAUUGGUUGGGAAAUUGGAAGAUGGUACAGUGUUUUUGAAGAAGGGCCAUGAUGAUGAGGAAGAUCUGUUGGAGUUCAAGACAGAUGAGGAACAAGUCAUUGAGGGGCUUGAUAGAGCUGUAGCGGCUAUGAAGAAGGGUGAGGUGGCACUAGUGACCAUUGCACCGGAGUAUGCAUUUGGUUCGUUGGAAUCUAAGCAGGAUUUGGCAGUUGUUCCUCCUAACUCAACUGUUCAUUAUGAGGUUGAGCUAGUGUCCUUUGUGAAAGAAAAGGAAUCAUGGGAUAUGAACACCCAGGAGAAAAUCGAAGCUGCUGGUAGGAAGAAGGAAGAAGGCAAUGUUUUGUUCAAGGCUGGCAAAUAUGACCGGGCUUCAAAGAGAUAUGACAAGGCUGUUAAGUACAUAGAGUAUGAUACUUCAUUUAGCGAGGAGGAAAAAAAGCAGGCCAAAGCAUUGAAGGUUGCUUGUAACCUCAAUUAUGCUGCUUGCAGGCUAAAACUGAAACAAUACAAAGAGGCAGAAAAAUUGUGCACCAAGGUGCUAGAGUUGGAGAGUAGAAAUGUAAAGGCUCUGUACAGAAGAGCCCAGGCAUACAUCCAACUCUCAGAUUUAGAUCUGGCCGAGUUUGACAUUAAGAAGGCCCUUGAGAUCGAGCCUGAUAAUAGGGAUGUGAAGCUCGAGUACAAGUCUUUGAAGGAGAAGAAGCGGGAGUUCAAUAAGAAAGAAGCCAAAUUUUAUGGCAAUAUGUUUGCCAAGAUGAAUAAGCUUGGCCCUCUAGACUCUGAUAAAUCAGCAUCGACUGAAGCCGAGCCAAUGAGCGUAGACAGCAAGGCAUGAGUAGCUAGUGACGUUGAUGACCAACUAGGAAAUGGAGGAGCAAAAUCCUAGCUUUGUUUCUUCUCUUUACAAAUUGUGGCUUUACCUUUUUGUAUUUCUGAGAAAUGUUUGUUAUUUAUUUGGUAAUAUUUGAGGUUAGACUUCAGAUAUAAUGGAAUGUUCUUGCAAAGCGAUUGUGUGAAAUGUGACAACGCGAAGUAAAUGCCCCAAUUUUCUCUUUA